UUUCAGAGCAGCCGAUCUUCAUUCCAACGCACAUGGAAAGGCAGAGGAGCCGCAGCGGUCCGGGCUCAGAUGGUGAAACUCGCUCAGGGAUUUUACGCGUAAAGCCACAAUAAGGUGAUUUUACGGGACUUACACUGGGACCGCUUUGUUAUCGGACUACAACAAAAUGUUGUUUGAGGAGCACUUGGCAUUUAAACAACUGUUGUCCGAAUAAGGAUUUCAUAGUGAAACAUCUAUAAACGGACACGCAUGUUUUGCACUAAUGAAAAAUAAGGAGCGUUCAUUCAUUGGAUAAAUUUUAAACCUCCAUCAGCGCAGUUUUAGAUAUUUUGCACAUCGGCUGUCGGAUUACACGGACUCAAAAGUGUCUAUAUGUUGAGAGCGUUGUGUUUUGUGGAAAUAUAGCUGAGAAGAACAGAUCUGAAGUUGUAGAAGAAGGUCUCCGAAACUGGACUGAGGGUCUGGGGGAUUUAACAAUCUCCUCUUGGAGCUCCACUUUCAUGUCCAAACUCUCUGGUUUAUGACAAUGGAUUAUUUGCUGUUUUUAUGCAGUUUUUUGCUGCCUCUGUCAUCGGCUGUUGAAGAAACACUGAUGGACACCAAAUGGGCCACGACCGAACUUGCCUGGACUUCCCAUCCUGAAACUGGGUGGGAGGAAGUAAGUGGUUACGACGAUGCCAUGAACCCCAUUCGAACAUACCAAGUGUGCAACAUUCGUGAGCUCAACCAGAACAACUGGCUUCGCAGUGACUUCAUUCCUCGCAAGGACGUUCUCCGUGUGUAUGUGGAGAUGAAAUUCACUGUACGAGACUGCAACAGUAUUCCCAACAUUCCAGGAUCCUGUAAAGAGACAUUCAAUCUGUUUUACUACGAGUCUGACUCAGAUUCGGCCACCUCCACCAGUCCGUUUUGGAUGGAGAACCCUUACGUUAAGGUGGACACAAUUGCUCCUGAUGAGAGCUUUUCUAUGUUGGAAUCCGGCCGGGUCAAUACUAAGAUUCGCAGCUUUGGUCCACUUUCCAAGGCUGGCUUCUACCUGGCCUUCCAAGACUUGGGUGCUUGCAUGUCUUUAAUCUCUGUCCGCGUGUUCUACAAAAAGUGUUCCACAACAAUUGCUAAUUUUGCAGUCUUCCCCGAGACAGCAACAGGGGCUGAAGCCACCUCGCUAGUCAUCGCCCCCGGCACUUGCGUGCAUAACGCUGUGGAAGUGUCCGUCCCUCUCAAACUCUACUGCAAUGGAGAUGGAGAAUGGAUGGUUCCUGUAGGUGCCUGCACAUGUAUGGCUGGUUUCGAACCUGCAGUUAAGGAUUCACAGUGUCAAGCUUGCAGUCCAGGCACUUUUAAGUCCAAGCAAGGUGAGGGAUUCUGCUCGCCAUGUCCACCCAACAGUCGGACAAGUUCUGGAGCCGCAAGCAUUUGUUCCUGCCGGAACGGCUAUUAUCGAGCAGAUAAUGACUCACCUGAGUCAGGAUGCACUACUGUCCCCUCAGGUCCACGCAACGUCAUCUCCAGUGUGAACGAAACAUCGCUGGUGCUUGAGUGGAGCGAGCCGCGUGACCAAGGUGGCAGAGAUGACCUUCUUUACAAUGUUAUCUGUAAGAAGUGUCUGCCCGAGUAUGGGACCUGCACUCGGUGUGAUGACAAUGUGGACAUCGCUCCCCGGCACCUUGGGCUGACUGAGAGACAUGUGACCGUCAGAAACCUUCAGGCUCAUACCCAGUACAGCUUUGAGAUUCAGGCUGUCAACGGAGUCUCCAACAAGAGUCCGUACACACCCCAGUUUGCAUCUGUUAACAUCACCACCAACCAGGCUGCUCCCUCUUCAAUUCCUACUGUCCUCCUGAUGGGGGCCUCAGCCAACACGAUGAGUCUCUCCUGGCUCCCUCCUGAAAAACCAAAUGGCAUCAUCUUGGAUUACGAGAUUAAAUACCAUGAGAAGGACCAGGGAGAAGCUAUUGCCCACACGAUGACUGCCCAGCGCAGCUCGGCACGUAUUGAGGGUUUGAAGCCCGGUACGACGUAUGUGGUGCAGGUUCGGGCCCGAACUGUGGCAGGGUAUGGCCGAUACAGUAGCCCCUCCGACUUCAGCACCAACCACCAAGCUGAUUCAGACAAGACGCUACAGGAACAGUUGCCGCUUAUUGUGGGCUCUCUGACGGCUGGCCUGGUUUUUAUCAUCGUUGUUGUUGUCAUUGCAAUAGUUUGCCUCAGGAAGCAACGCAAUGGCUCCGAAUCAGAAUACACAGAAAAACUGCAACAAUACAAAUCCCCUAUAGUCACUCCGGGAAUGAAGGUCUACAUUGACCCUUUCACCUAUGAGGACCCUAAUGAGGCCAUCCGCGAGUUUGCCAAAGAGAUUGACGUUUCCUGUGUGAAAAUCGAGGAGGUCAUUGGUGCAGGUAACCAACAACACAAGCUCCUGAGCAACAGGGGGAAGACAGCUAGGCACACCCAGGCCAUACCUUUAGAGGACUUCACUCCAAGCGGAGAGUUUGGAGAAGUAUGCCGCGGACGUCUCAAGCUCCCUGGACGUCGUGAGAUCAUCGUUGCCAUCAAGACUCUGAAGGCAGGGUACACUGAGCGCCAGAGGAGAGACUUUCUGAGUGAGGCUAGCAUCAUGGGCCAAUUUGACCAUCCCAAUAUUAUCCGCUUAGAAGGGGUGGUUACCAAAAGCCGGCCUGUCAUGAUUGUCACCGAGUUCAUGGAGAAUGGAGCGCUGGAUUCUUUUCUCCGGCUAAAUGACGGCCAGUUCACUGUCAUCCAGCUAGUUGGCAUGUUGAGAGGCAUUGCAGCUGGCAUGAAAUAUCUGUCCGACAUGAACUACGUGCACCGUGACCUGGCUGCCCGUAACAUCCUAGUCAACAGUAACCUGGUAUGCAAGGUGUCCGAUUUUGGCCUUUCUCGCUUUUUGGAGGACGAUCCCACUGAUCCCACAUACACCAGCUCACUGGGAGGAAAGAUCCCUAUUCGCUGGACAGCUCCUGAGGCCAUUGCUUACAGGAAGUUCACCUCAGCCAGUGACGUGUGGAGUUAUGGCAUCGUCAUGUGGGAGGUGAUGUCAUACGGCGAGCGUCCAUACUGGGACAUGAGCAACCAAGAUGUGAUAAAUGCAGUUGAGCAGGACUACCGGCUGCCUCCACCCAUGGACUGCCCCACUGCCUUGCACCAACUCAUGUUAGACUGCUGGGUUAAAGAAAGAAACUUGAGACCCAAGUUCUCCCAGAUUGUCAACACCCUGGACAAACUUAUUCGCAAUGCCGCCAGCCUUAAGGUGGUCACCAGCACACAUUCUGGGGCCUCCCAGCCACUUCUAGAUCGCUGUAUGCCUGACUACACUACGUUCACCACUGUGGGUGACUGGCUGGACGCCAUCAAGAUGAGCCGCUACAGUGACAACUUCCUCAAUGCAGGCUUCGCAUCCUUCGACCUGGUAGCCCAGAUGACCUCCGAAGAUCUACUACGGAUAGGUGUGACAUUAGCCGGCCACCAAAAGAAGAUUCUCGGGAGCAUUCAAGACAUGAGACUUCAAAUGAACCAAACGUUGCCCGUCCAGGUCUGAGUUACGGCAGGCUGCAGAACUGUUCUAAAGAGAGCUAGCGGACGAACCCUGAUGCCUGAUCAUCUCUGCUAAUUGGAUGAAACUGGCUUGCAGUGCCUCGGACAACACUUUCUUUUCCAUUAUCCUGUUUUCCUGUUACGACUGCAUUUUUUUCACCCGACAGGAGUAGAUAAGAUUAUUUUGUACUUGUUUUUAAGAACAGAGAGAAAAGUCUACAUCCCAUGCAUGCCUCACGAGGCUCCGGUGUGGGGUGGCGUUUGCAUGCGUGCGUGCGUUUGAUCUUUUCUUCAGUGAGGCUGGCUGGGACACACUCUAUCUCCAAAGCCUCCCAUAAUGCAUUUCUCCCUAAAAAGGACUCUGAGGGCAGACUCUCCUGAAUGAACGCUGAAGAUGGAUGAGAUACUCCUCUAUUAGUACGCAUAACUUGAAAACACAAGACAAUAAACUGAAUAGUGUGAAUAUAGGUUCACUGGACACGUUUGCGCAGAAAUCCCUCCAAUGCUAGGAGAUGUUUUAUUGUGUGUGUGAUUUUGUGCAUAUUCACCAUCUUCAUAUUGAAGAUGUUUUAUUUAAAGGCACAUGCCUCAAACCGAUAAGAGGGAGAGCCACAGGCAGGGGAAGGACGAUCUCAAAUGCCACAGGACCGGAAUACGAGGACGUUGCAUUUGUCCACUAGGUUUAAACUGACAAAAGGACUUCCUGGAAUACACCUGGUGAACUCAGGAUGCUCAGCUGCGUUUAUCACUAGAUGAUUUCCAUUUUAUUUCUCUUCCUUUACUCAGUUUAGCUUAUGUUACAUGUUGAGUUGACAUUAGCAGGUCAUCAAUUAUUAUAUCAGGAUUCCUUAGCAGUUAGGACGGGGGUCUUUGAUAACUACACUGCUAAAAAUCUGUAUCUUCUUUAGUAUUUUACAGUGUUUUUCUAGUCAAAUAUCUAAGCAUCCUUAUAGCAAGAUUUAUGUAAAGCAAAAUUAAAAAACAUCAUUACAAUAUUUGAAAACAAAAAUACAAUACAUGAAAACAUUCGUACCCCACUGGCAUGUUUUUUAACCUUAAAUCGAAGACAGAAGUUAGUGGUUUCACUGUAGAGUAAGUACAUUUACUCUUUUAAGGAUGUUUAGAUUUUGUACUUGAAAACAAGAUGAUUGGGAAAAUACAUUUUUGCAGUGUUUAAACUGUAAAUCACUGGCAUCUGUGUGUUCGAAUGUGGAUGUGUGUACGUUUGUGUGUGUAUGUGUAAGAAUUAUGCACACAAUUUCUGUAUAUGACAUGAAAAGUAAGGCAUAACAUGAAUUGUGACAAAGCUAUAGUAUAUAUUUAUAUUCAGUAUAUAAAAAAUAGAAAUUGAAUUUUAUUUUAAUUUCCCAAGGUCAAAAGAUUUUAAUUUAAAUCACCUUUUAAACAAACAAUUUAAUUAAAAAGAUUAGAAUUAAGUUGACGCUGCAUUCAGUAUGUUGGCAUUCAUGCAACACUUUGUAACAAACUGAAAAUAAAACAGACAUAAAAGAACAAUAGACACAUUGUUAAAACAUUUGGCAUGGUGUCAUGAAACAGUGUUUCUGCGGUGGAAUAACGAUUGCAGAGGAAGUUCAUUGAAAUUGUUGUGAGAGAAAUGAAUAGGUGUUGAACAUAUAAUCAAUGUGGGGCAGAUCCCUAGUAAAUCUCUGCUAUAUUAAAUGUAAGCCUUUCUGUCAUCAUCAUAAAGCAAGAUUGUACCGAUUCUCAGAGAUAUCCUAUUGUAAAGUCCACUCACCAAACAUUUUGUUCAUGUUUUUGGAAGUCCAGGACAUCCGAGGGCGUUUUCCAAUGAGAUAUUUCGCUACAAUGGUGAUUCGCUGGAGUUUGUCUGACAAGCAGGAUACAUUAUACUUCUUGACACAGUCAAUUUCUUGCAGUUAUUGUCAGUUUCCACACAGUUUCCUUACCCUAGUUAAUGCAGUUUAUUCGUUUUGCACAUACUGUAUACUGUAUAAUACAUUAUAUUUAUAAAUGCUAGAAUGACAGCGUCUAGUAGAUUAAAACCGAUCAAAAAUAGUCAGGUCUUGUUUCAUCAUAGAGGCCAGUGUGUUUCCAACCUAUCAGAGAUGGAUUACUUUUUUUAAUGGUUUUAUGUUCUGGUCUGCUGAGAUUAGUUAUGUGAAAUGCAAAACAAGAAGUUUCAUUAGUUAAGUACUAAAGUGUCAAAGUUAGGAAAGAAUAUAAUUAACAAAAACUGUGUAAGAACAUGUGGUUGGCCGAAUCAUACUAAAGAUAGUCUGCACAGUAGCCUAACCUGUUUUUUAGUUUUUUUUUAGUCAUUUUAAUCAUCGAAGAGAUCCUGUGUGCCUCUUUUUUUCCAAGAGAUCCUUGUAAUAUAAGCUUAUAAAGUGAUUUCUUCGGUCAAAAUUUUAUAAAAGAAAACAUCCAUAAGGAUGUUUAGGAUCUUAAGGAUGUUUGACUUUAUACUCGUGUAACCCCUUUCCUUAAAUUUACUGUCUGCACUGCUACAAACUUACAGUGCCGUAAACUCCGCUGCUUUUGUCACAUUCAAUACAUCUCACAGUGUAUUCUCUCAUAACCGGAUAUGUAUGUGUGAAUGUUUGUGUGUGGUAGUGUUUGGGUAAGGUGCUACUGUCUUUUUUUUUUACUGAAGUAAUUUUGGAACAGAACUUGCAUGAUUUUGGUUCAAUAUAUUUGUGCCAAUGGUCUCCUAACAUCAUCUCUAUCUUCCGCUCCUCUCAUGUCCCUCUACAAUAUCUAAGAUGUUUUUUUUUCUUUUUCUGAGCUACUAUUUAAUAAUAAAAUCAAGCAAAAACGUUGUUUUUUUCAAGCAGAUAAAACUUCUCAUUACAUCGCAAAAUCAGCAAAGUGUCUUCUGAGUGCUGUACUUGUAUUAAGAGAAGCAACACAUUUCAUGAUUUUUUUUUUUUUCAAAAAGCAUUGAGAUGUAUUUAAUGGUAAAGACAAACAAACAACAAUUAAAUAAUGCAUUCUUGUAGAAAUAUUUUUAAAAAACCCUUUUGCAAUUAAAUUAUUUA